AUGGACCCUCCACCACUUCCACAAUUCUUCUUGCCUGAGAGUCUGAUCCUCGGCAAAAAAAGUGGAGCAAGCCUCGCUCCUCAGCCUCACACACCGCAAUUGGAUCCCAUUGCCCGACACAUACCUGUCGAAUCUAACCUCAUGGCAGUUAAUAACGAUGAGAGAUACGGAGGCCAUGAAGGGAAGUCGUACCGAACGGCAACCCUUGAAAACCAGGAGUACAACGCUCACUAG